GCCGCGGCUGGGGACCCUGGUAUGGCGGGCCGGGCUUCGGCCCCUUCGGCUUCGGCUUCAAGGGGGAGGUGAAGGGCCGGGGGCGCGGCCGUGGCAAGGGCUGGAAGUCGCCGAGCGUGUCCAAAGAUGUGCAGGAAGUCAGGCAAGAGAAGGAGAAAAUUGAGAAGCCCGAGCGGCCUGAGAAGGACAAGGAGGAGUCCAGCGAAGUACCAGCAGCCCCGCGGGCAAAAGACGAGGUUUUCGAGGAGAUCCGGGUCAUUUUGGGUAUGAAUUCCGCGCUACAGCACCAGUUCUUCGAUGCCCGGGUGCGCCAGCACUUGCAUGCCCUCCACGGCUCUGGCGGGAGGUCUAGACUCAAAGCGGCUCUGCAAAUGGUCCACCAAAGCACCAUGAACAAGAGCCGCCAGGAUGUGAAGAACUGGCCGGCUUACCUUGUGACCUUGCUUAAAAAGUUCGAUGCCAAGCUCGAUGCAGACUCAAUACAGGCCAAGCCAGCACCAUCCUCCGCGUCGACAGCGUCUACGACGCCUGAGAAGGUGCCGCCGGAGUCCUUCGGUACAGUUGAGGAGGGCUAUUUCAAGGCAGAAGACUUGGCUGGCUUGGCAUUUUUGGAUGGCGAAUCUGAUGACGAGGAGGAUGACGAUGAGCCUGUGGAGCAGAGGUGGGACUUGCAGGCUCCCCGAGUUGUUGCUCCUCCUCCCAAACGGCCUAUUGGAAUCGACCAAGUUGAAGGACCACAGGUGGCACGUGCCUUGAAUCUUCCGCCUCCAUUCCCAGAUCCUUCUGGUCCAGGUUCAUCAAACAGAGAAUACAGAGAUGACAUCCAGAGAUUUGAAAGAGACCUUCCACCUCCUGCAGGCCCUGGCCCGUUCGCCUACCCGUUCCGGGGAGGCUUCGAAGCAAGCGAGCUUCAGCCGAAGAUGCAGAUGCCGCGAUUCGGCACUGGCGCCUUCGGAACUUUUGCAACCCAGCCUGACGUGGAGAGCCGUCCUAGGUUGGGCCCUGCCCCGCCGGCUUGGGGAGCCAAGGGCAACUCUGCUUUUCCGGCCAGCUUGGGCAAGCAAGACCACCAACAAGAGGUCUUCGCACGUUAG